AUGAAAAUUCCUCAAAUCUUCAUACCCCGGAUAAAAUUACAAGAGCACUUCCGGGUAACGGCCCCUACGGUUUUCAGUGGCCUUAAUAAGGCAGAGGCCAUCUUUCUACACAUGCGCAAUCAAUCCAUCGAGCCUCACUUUAGCCAUCUGUGCCUGAGUAGGGCUUGCGGUUUUCUCCCGCCAGGCUUUCAAACAGUCUCUAACACCGUAACACCCUCGUCCAGCAGCCUUGGGCUGCGCAGGCGCAAGAAGAAAGAAUACUGUGCGCCGGCGCCCAGCGCCCCGGCUGCUGGGGUCGACGUUGAGUCAGGCAGGUCAGUUGCGAGGAGGGUGCUAGAUAAUCAGGCCCAGAUCAGCAGCACGGAGGCGCAGGGGGCUAUCGAGCCGGCGGGGGGAGGCGGCUCCACCGCCCCCCCGGCCGCUGCUCCCCCAACCUCGCAGCUCACCCUGCUGGUUAUGCAGCCUUGCAGCGCGCGAGAGGAGGCUGAUGCCGGAGCGGGAGCUGGCGCCAUCCGGCGGCCGGUGGCAUCGGUGGCCACAGCCCCUUCCCCAGCCCUGGGGGGUUGCAGCUCCAAGAACCUCAUGCCCGGCUAUGAAGUGGCGGGAAAUGCCGAGGACGAGCCCGCCGAGAUUGAGGUGGAACUGCUGGACGCCUCAGACCCGCCGGGUGGUGGUGAGAGUACGGCCAGCCCAGAGGAACUGGAGGACGAAGAGACUCACUCGGGAGGCGAGAGCGGCCGAGCGUCCGCGGGCGUCGCGGGCGGGAGCUACGGCGGGGGAAGCGUGAGCAAGACGUGCACUAUCGAAGGCUGCAGCGAGACCACGAGCCAGGUGGCCAAGCAGCGCAAGCCGUGGAUGUGCAAGAAGCACCGCAACAAGAUGUACAAAGACAAGUACAAGAAGAAGAAGAGCGAUCAGGCCUUGAGCUUGGCCGGUACAGGGGCUGCCACCAGCGGAGGCGCAGGCAGCGGCAGUGCAGGCAGUGUCAAACUCGAGGAAAGCACAGAUGGCUCAGCAUCUAUUGGCAAACAAAGAACUGGUUCUAUUGGAGAUCGUCCUGCAAGACCUACUCUCUUAGAGCAAGUGUUAAAUCAAAAACGACUGGCACUUUUAAGAAGCCCAGAAGUUGUGCAGUUUCUUCAGAGACAGCAGCAGCUACUAAAUCAACAGGUUUUGGAGCAAAGACAACAACAACAGUUUCCUGGAGCUUCAGUGUGAAGGGACUAAUUGAGGCUAUCCACAGGUUUAGUACCUUACUGUACUGACUGAAGAUAUUUUUAUAUUAAAGAAAAGUAGGUUACAGUGGUCAAGAAGAACACAUGCACAUGAUUCCCAUAAAACCUUUACCUAGAAAUACAUAUAUUUUUUGUGAUGGGUUUUUAGGCUGUGGGAAUCUGAAUUUUGAAGGACUAUGGUUCAAAGAUACAUUUCAAAAACUCCACUUACUCUCACUGUUUUAAAACUUUUUUCAACUUAAAUUUUAAAAAUACCCCCAAAUCUUCCAACAUGUUACCAGGCAAAAGAUCAUAAAUAUAGUCAUUCUUAAAAUUAGUAUUAAUGAAGAAAAUAAGAUAGUUACUUUCUGUGGAAGUUGUGAAAAUAAUAGUUAUUGAUAUUGAAUUGUAUACUUUAGAAAUUCAGGAGACCUGGGGACAGGAGUAUCCUUCUCUAUACUUUUCUACACACUUAAAACUGGCGUUAGCAAGGAAACAGUAUAAAGUGUGUGUAUGUCUAUGUAAGAAGAAGGGUGGUAAUAAUCAGCUGCUUUAUGGGACUGCUGCUGUCUUCAGAGAUGUCCUACUAAAACCAAGAGGACUUCAUAUAGGAUAUUGGAAUGAAGAAAAUGUAGAAGAAACUGCUUUAUUAUGUUGCCUAAUAUGACAUUGCCUACUUCAUGUCAACUAUUAAAUAGGAUCUCUGUGGAAGAAGGUAUUCUUAAGUGUAGAGUCUAUAACUAGAGAUUGUAGCUGAUUCACCUUAUUUACCAAUUGCCUGAUAAAAUUGACACUAAUUUUGUAACUUAUUGCUUUUUUUUAUGGAAAAUAUUGAGAAGAGGAGGAAAAACUCUGUAUUUUAUGAAUUAUUCUAGAAAUUGAGCCUUUCAAGAUUGUUAUGCCCAAAGAAUGAAGUGAGAUACUUUUAUCCUUUCUUCCUGAGAUAAAACUCAAAAUCAGAUUUAAUCAUAGCACCCAAAAGAUUGUCAGAGUUACUGUGCAAGUGAAAAAGCAUACUACUGCCAAAUGGGUACUAAGCCAAGUUGUAUAGAAACAUUUGUUUUUGGUAAAAUGAUUUUUAAUCCAUGGCCUCUACAGACAAGGUUCUCUGAUAAACAUUCAAAGAGCAUUCUUGCUCAUUUUAUGUAUAUAGGCUUUAUAACUUUAUAUUGGUGUAAAAAGUACUAAAAUAAAAAUUACAUACUUUUGAGUUGUA